UUCCACCUCCGCCCGGGUCACCAGCUCUUGCUGCAGAAGUGCUUGAGCCGGAGCGGGUGCAGGCAGUCGCUGUCGGGUUUGUGCCAUUUUUCUGCUCCAUUGCUCCUGAGAAAUGUGAUGCUUCCCGGAGAAACCCUGUUGAAGACGAUGUUCCUGUGACUCCGAGGAAAAGGGACGUGUGAACAUGUCAGCCCUGAGCUGGAAGCCGUUCGUGUAUGGAGGGCUGGCCUCCAUCACGGCCGAAUGCGGUACAUUUCCAAUUGAUUUAACCAAGACACGGCUCCAGAUUCAAGGCCAGACGAAUGAUGCAAAUUUUAAAGAGAUUAGGUAUCGAGGAAUGGUACACGCUUUAGUGAGGAUAGGCAAAGAAGAAGGGCUGAAAGCACUGUACUCUGGAAUUGCGCCUGCGAUGUUACGCCAGGCUUCCUAUGGCACCAUCAAGAUAGGCACUUACCAGAGCUUGAAGCGGUUAUUUGUUGAACGCCCAGAAGAUGAAACUCUACUGAUAAACGUCAUAUGUGGAAUUCUCUCUGGAGUCAUAUCCUCAGCCAUUGCUAAUCCUACCGAUGUUUUGAAAAUCCGGAUGCAGGCACAAAGCGGCACCCUUCAGGGGGGCAUGAUAGGCAACUUCCUGAACAUUUACCAGCAGGAGGGGACCAGAGGACUGUGGAAGGGAGUGUCCCUGACUGCUCAGAGGGCUGCUAUUGUUGUUGGUGUGGAGCUGCCGGUCUAUGACAUCACCAAGAAGCAUCUGAUUCUCUCGGGCCUGAUGGGAGACACUGUCUAUACCCACUUCCUCUCUAGUUUCACCUGUGGUUUGGCUGGGGCCCUGGCCUCAAACCCUGUGGACGUUGUGAGAACGCGGAUGAUGAAUCAGAGAGUUCUUCGUGAUGGCAGGUGCCCUGGUUACACAGGUAGCCUGGAUUGCUUGUUACAGACAUGGAAGAAUGAAGGGUUUUCUGCUCUGUAUAAAGGUUUUUGGCCAAAUUGGCUAAGACUUGGUCCUUGGAAUAUCAUUUUCUUUGUGACAUAUGAGCAGUUGAAGAAAUUGGAUUUGUGACAAGGCUGCAUGAGACAGCUCUUUGAAAAGGCUAUCUUCCAAAACCGUAUAGCUCCUGCGUUUCACUCUGCUUCUCACUGCUUG